AUGACUGCGGAGGAGAUUGAUAUUUAUUUCGGUCAACUUGGUAACUUUACCGAUUAUAGGAGCGACUGUAUCGAAACGAUACAUCUGACGUGCUAUUGUAACGAUGCGAUUCGCGAUCUGGCGACGCAAUAUAAGAAUUAUCACGGUUACGCUUCUCUUCUCGUAUGCUCUUUCGGCACGCUCACCAAUAUGCUCAAUAUCGUCGUUCUUACGAGAAAAGAUACAAAAGCGGCGUCCAUAAAUCGAAUUCUCACCGGCCUGGCUGUGACGGACGCGUUGGUGAUGUUGGACCGUUUGGAGGUACAUUGCCAUCAGAAAGUCAUUGUUUUAUGUCUGUUUCUCUCAUAUAUAUGCAUUAGAUUUCCGCGUUACAAUUAUACUUGGUGCACCGAGAGACGUUGCACGAUCGCUCUUUUGUGCAGUUUUCUCGCUCCGUUUCUCGCCUGCGCUCCUAGUUAUUUCGUAUUUGGAAUAAAGGCAAAGACCGUUUAUGAGAACGGCACUAAGGAGAUCUUGUACCACGUGGACACCGAUUGUUCCAUUGAUAAAGGAUUUCUAUAUCAAUUAAAUUUCUGGAUACUUAGCGUAGUUGUUAAGCUCUUGCCAUGUGUCCUUCUUACCAUCAUCAUUUGUUGGCUAAUAAAAGCCCUUUAUAGAGCAAAGGGUAGGAAACAAACAUUGAAGAGCUACAACCAUUGCGCAAAAGUGACUAAACCAACCUCAUCAUCAGGUACUUCCGAUCUCGAGAAUUACGAUGUAUCGUUUGAUAUUAAAAAAGACGAAUACCCGCGGCGGGUGAGUAAAUCUGACAAACGAACAGACAGAACAACGAGGAUGCUUGUAGCGGUGCUGCUGUUGUUCUUAAUAACGGAGAUUCCUCAAGGUGUUCUGGGCUUACUUUCCGCGGCCCUGGGCGAUUGUUUCUUUCGUAAUUGUUACCAUAAAUUUGGAGAAAUGAUGGAUAUCUGUGCGUUAUUAAAUGGCAGCAUAAAUUUUAUCUUAUAUUGCUCUAUGUCGCGACAAUUUCGUAUGAUUUUUGGACAAUUAUUCAAACCUAGGAUUAUAAGCAAUUGGCCAACGAUGAAUCAGCACCAAACCGAUGUACAAAGCACGUAUGUUUAACAAAAGAGAUUUUAUGGAAUGUUCUCUCUCUGUUUUUCAAAAGUAGAAUUUGAGCAUGCAAUCUAUUUAUAAUAAUAUAUAUAAUUAUAAUUAAUAAAUAUAUGACAUCAUAUGAUUAAUAAAAAGUUAAAAAUGAUCUUGAAUGCAUCCAAAUAAAAAGAAAAUAUUUUAA